AUGGGUUUUGCUGAGCGUUUUCCUCGAUGGACUUCAGCAGUUUUAGCAAUUAUUCAGUUAGCCUUAACUGCUGUAAUUAUUGGUCUUGAAAUUAAAUCAAUCUUUAUUGAUCUUGCUCAUGGAACAAUUUGGGUUGGCUUUUGGGCUAGUCUUAUCUUUAUUAAGACAUUAGUUAUGAUGCUUUUCAUCACAUGCUGCUGUCGUGGUCGUUGCUGUGCUACCUAUGUUCUUGCAUGGAACAUAUUCAGCGGUAUAUUGGCUUGUGUUACAAUAUACUUUGAUCGCACUUUCAUAAAUGAUCCUUGUAAAUGUUAUUUGGGUGACAAGUUAUGUUGUGCUGUUCGCAGUGUUGACUCAUUUCGAACGAAUUACACAAGUAUCUUAGAUCAAUGUGGCCAAGCAAUUGCAAACAAUGAUAAAACAGCAUUACAGUGGUGUUCAACAGGUAGUCCACCAUAUGAUAAAAUACAAUAUUUAAAAGCUCAACUUGGUUGUGCAGUUGGAAUGUUAAUAUCAUGUGCACUUUAUGUUGUUAUCUAUAUCUUUGCUUGCCUAGGUAUUUGUUUUGGUCAUGAUUAA